AUGGCCUACCGUUACUCCUCGAGGAGUGCUUCCUCGCUCCUCCUCGGCCUGUUGCUAUGCGCCUGGGCAGUGGCCGCGGAGCAGGUCUCCUUCUUCAAGUCUCCUUAUUCCCAAUGCCUAACCUCGAUCGCAGAGACCCGACAUCUACCCGCCGGACCUCAAAAUCGAGUACAGCGACCCCAGCAAACUCGCCCCGGCUACAUCUUCAUCGCACCCUAUGAAGCUGAAAAUCCGGGUCCUUACAUCUUCGACAACUCAGGGGAGUUGGUAUGGAGCGGUUGGGGCGUUUCGGGGCCCGGAAAUGCCCAUGGCAUGCACGUCUGCAAAUACAAAGGCGCCGACCACCUAUGUUUCUUCCAAGGAAACCAGCAAAAAGGAUAUUGUCGCGGGCAUGGCGUUAUUCUAGACAACACCUACCGCAUCGUGCGCUCGGUGCAGCCCGGUGGCGGAAUGGCUUCCAGCGACAUGCACGAGUUCCUUCCGAUCGGCAACGGCAAGACCGCCCUGAUGACUGUAUACCAGCAGCGCCAAUUCGAUAUGACUCCAUGGAACAUCAAAACUGGCGUGGGAUGGUUAAUGGAGAGUGUUUUCCAGGAGGUUGAUACCGAGACCAGUAAAGUGAUAUUCGAAUGGCGUUCCCUCGAUCAUGUCGACCCGUCCAACAGCUACACCUGGCCUGCACACACGGACACGUCAGGAACAGGACUAAAUAUGCGCGAGCCGUGGGAUUACUUCCACAUCAACUCGAUCGAUAAAAACGAUGACGGUGAUUAUCUGAUCUCCUCGCGCCACACAUGCGCCAUCUACAAAAUCUCUGGCAAAGACGGUUCGGUGAUAUGGAGACUGCAUGGAUCGAACCCGACAUUCCGCAAUAUCAACUUCAGCUUCUCGCAGCAGCACGAUGCGCGCUGGUUGUAUGAAAACGCGACACAUACGGUACUGUCUUUGUACAACAACGGGUUUAAUGGAUACAACCGGACGCAUCCUUACUCGGCCGGUAUGAUUAUUCUCAUCGAUCAUGUGGAGAAUACUGCUCUGCAGAUUCGCGACUACAAGCCGCAUAUCAAUGAUCUGGUCAGUUCCAGUCAGGGUAACUUACAGCGCCUGCCGAACAAGAACGCUUUUAUCGGAUGGGGCAACAAUCCCUUCGUGUCCGAGCACGAUGAAGAAGGCAACUUGUUGCUUUGGGCGUCCUUUGCCGAAGACACCGUCAUGAACUAUCGUGCCCAGAAGUUCGAGUGGGAAGGCAACCCCACCGAUUCUCCCGCUCUUCGGGCUUACUCUCGCACCUCCGAACCUUAUUCUCCGACAAGCUUCUACGUCAGCUGGAAUGGCGCAACGCGCGUCCAGAGCUGGCGAUUCUUUGGAGCCAACAACAUGACCGGACCUUAUGUGCUCUUGGACCAGGUGAACAAGACCGGGUUUGAGACUGAGUAUACCCACGACAGUUUCUACCUCUGGACUCGUGCCGAGGCAGUUGACAGCAACGGUGCCGUUCUGGGCAACUCCGAGAUCAAGUACACCUUUGUUCCUUCGCCAGAGCUCCGCGAUUUUUGUCAAGAUGAGUUUUGUCUGGAUGCACCUGGAUAUGGAUUCCCCGGCGAGGAUGCGGCUGAGCCGUUCAUUCCACCCGUGGGCGUCACUACUGUGCCGUGGGUCGAGCCUGAUCAUGAUGGGGCCAUCUGGACCUAUCCUUCCAGCUUCCCACACACUACAGAGCCGGUGGCUGCCCACUACAGAUGGCGACACGGACAUAAGUCUUAUCCUUUUCUAUUAAUAUUAGGUGCCACGGUCGCCGUGGUUCUGCCCCUUCUCGCUGGAGCGUACAUUGCUUGGCGAUUUUAUCAGCGACGCCGGCCGGACCGGCAGGAGGAGGAGGACGAGUCAUCUGAGCCGCUGAACGGCUUGGCUGAGCGGAAACCUUCACCACGGAGCUCCAAUCGUCCCUGGUGGCAUUGGCGGCGGUGGACGGGAGGUACCGAAACGAAAUACUUCGCGCUCGCAGAUCGCAGUCCACAAGGACAUGGGCGAGAAGACUGA